GUAUGAUGUGUUUGUGUGUCACAAUUCUUAUUCUCUCUCAGUUGUUUGAUUGACUUCAGCGGUGCUUGUACACAAAAACAAAUGUGAGUCGCUAAACUUUAUCAAUUUUACACACACUCUCUCACCCUCUCACUCGACAACUAUAAUUAAAACCGAUUAAGUACGAGCAAUUUUUGCUCCCAUAUAUAUUAAUCAGCCAAACAAGUAAAAUUCAUAUAAAUCGUUUUCAUUGAAUGAAGUGACACAUCUCUUGACGCCACACCACCACCGUGCACCACAGCGAAAAUAUUUGUUUGGUUUUCUAUUUUGUCGUGUUUUUUUUUUGCCUGAAUUUACUGAAGUGAGUCGUUUGAGUGAAAGCAUCGCUCUUUUUCACAUCGUUUUUUUUUUUUAAUUUAAUUUUUCUUUGACAUUGAAUGAUGAUGAGAUGACGAACCAUUUAGCUGAUUAGAUGUUAUUCACGAUUUUUGUUGGACGAAUUUGUUCUGUUUAACACCCAUUUUAUCAGUGACAUUGUUGCAAAACACAGGUUAUGAAUCGUUGUAGUUUAUUCUCCCCCCUUCCGUGUGUAUAUUUUCUUUGAAACGAAAAACCAAAAGAAAAAAUAAUAGUUUUCAUGCAGUGUAAAAAGUGUGCCCUGAAUGAUUGAGAUACCGAAAAAUUCUGACAAUUUAAUUCGAAUCAAAUCGUGAAACAGUGAACAAAUGAAUAAUUACAGUGCUAAUAAAUUGUAAAGCUGUUUCGUGUGGCCCUGUGUGCUUCGAGAAUCUAAUUUGAAAUUCAACUGUGCGUGUGCUUGAGACAGUGAAACAAUUGCAUUAAGACCAACGACAAUAUACAAUCAAUCAUUCGCUCGUAAUAAAGUUGUUAAAUAUUAUCUUCUUUAGUUAAACCAUUAUUUCGACGAAGAAAAAAAUUAAGCCCAGUGGUGCUCGCGACGGAAGAAUUAUUAAAAAGAAGAGACGAAAACAAAUAAUAACAACGAAUCAUUGUGCAUUUAAUGACACACGUGAAUCAUAACGAUCGCGACGACGACUACGACCAGAAGAAAAAAAAACAACUUCGAGGAACAAUGGAAACGUCUACGAGUGAAACGGAUUUUGCCCGAAACAUCGUCAGCACCGACAGUACAACGGAAAAUUUCGAAAUUUACCGCUCGUUUUUGGAAUAUUUUGCGGAAAAUGUUGAUCCAACGGACCAAUUACCGGUGCGCGUACCAAAUUAUACACUCGAAGAGACCGAAAUUUCAGGAGCUGUUAUCGACUGGAUGAUUCAAUAUUUGGGCGAUAAAAAGUGUCCGCAAACAUUGGUUGCGCCAAUCAUCAAAUUGGCAUUGGAUCAAACACAUCGAACACUACGUAAAUCACCUGAGCAAUAUGGCUACUUGCCCAAUACAAAUGAAUAUCAAACGCUGAAAUUAAUGCAAUUAUCCAUAUCGAAAAUAAAUGAUGUAUGCCAAAGCCUUUUGGAUAAUUUGCAAUUGGAUAAGUUGAUUCCGUCACCGCCGUUGAAGCGGCCCGCCUUGUAUUCGGCCAAAGGUAUAAAAAAUACACGACGACACAUGGAAGAUCGCCACAUUAUUAUCGAUGACUUUAAUUCGGUGUUUGGAAUCAAGGAUUCCGAUAUCACGAGUUACUAUGCAAUAUUCGAUGGUCAUGGUGGCACCGAUGCAGCCGCAUACAGUGUAUCACAUUUACAUUGUGAAAUUGUAGCCAGCAAAUUUUAUCCAACUCAACCUCAUCAAGCUCUGCGCGAAGCUUUUCUCAAUACAGACGAUAAAUUCAUUGAAAAGUCCAAAAAACAAAAAUUGCAAUCAGGUACAACAGCUUUAUGUGCUCUAUAUCGUCCGACUGAAGGAUUGCUGGUUGUUGGUUGGGUUGGUGAUUCAAAAGCUCUGUUGGUUUCACAAAAUCGUGUACUGCAAAUAGUCAAUCCACAUAAGCCUGACUCACAGACCGAACGGCUUCGUAUCGAACAAAUGGGCGGUUGUGUGCUUGAAUUUCCGGCUGGUUGUUAUCGAGUGAACGGUCGUUUGGCCGUUUCAAGAGCUAUUGGUGAUUAUGGUCUAAAAGAUGUCGUUAUUGGUGAGCCCGACAUUGCCGGCAUCACAUUAAAUGGAAAAGAAGACUUUCUCAUCUUGGCUUGUGACGGUCUAUGGGACUAUGCUGAAGAAGAUGAAGUCGCCACCAGAGUGUACAGUGCGCUCGAAAAAAAUAACGGUGACGUUCAGCCUAUUGCCGGUCAAUUGAUUGAAUUAGCUAAAAAGAAUUCAUCGUCCGAUAAUAUAUCCGUGAUAGUUGUGUUUCUGAAGGAUCCACAUCAAAUUGUAGCCGAACAUAAAUUAGUAGACGCAUCACCAGUGACAAGAAUGGAUUUCGAGAGCACAAAUGGUUGUCAUCAGUUUGACGAUGGUUUGCUUGCAUCAAAUCGUUCGGUAAAUGAUGAAACACCAUCACCCGAUAAAUUGCAUGUUGAUUUCAACAAAGCAACGGUUGAUGUGCAUCAUCACGAUCCGAUGGAUGCAAAUGAUUUCUAUUUUGGUAAAAAUGGUGAUGGUGAAUUCCAUGCAAACAUCAACACAAUACCCUCGAGCAUAACAUCAAACGGUGAUGGUGACAAGUUGUCCAGCAAUGAAUUGCAUGUUGGCCGCUCAAUCGAUGACGAUCAUGACGAUUUUGGCCCCGAAACCGAUGUCGAUGCCACUGAUGAUAAUGCCAUAAGUCCACUGUCGCCUAGCGGGUACGAUUACAUUGGACGAGUCGGUGAUGGUAUCGUGACAACAGAUGAACAAGUGGAUAUUACGGAGACGUUGGUGAAAAAAUCCGAGGCACAUGACGAUAUUCAACAUGCAUUCGAAGACAAUCGAUUUGUGGACCAUGUUAACGAUCAUUUUGUAAACACAGCCACCGCUAAUCAUUUCGAGCAACAAAACGAACAUUUCGAAGAUGAUGAACCAGAACUACCAAACAAAAUUGAUUUUGCCGAAAAGAAAGAUUAUCACGAUGACGAAUUUGACGAGGACGAUGACGAUGAUGAUGUACAUGACGACAAUCUGAACGCCGACUUGCCGGAAAAUCUCCAUCACAUGCCCGAUGUCAUCACAACCGAAUGCGAGCAGCAUGUGUUACCAACAAACAACUCAGUUCCUAUUGAAAACGUGGUGGUAGCUGAAAGCGGUGACGAUUCCGAAGACGAAUGGAAUUAUAUCAAAGUCGCCGAUAAGGAGAAGCCGAAUCAAGAACGUGAAACGCCCGUCGAAUUGGAGAGUGAACACGACGACAAAGAGAGCUUGAAAGAAGUCGCCGCUGUUGAGGACGACGACGACGAAGCUGCCGCCAUCGUUGCCGCUGCUGCUUCUGCUGCUGGUGUCGAAGAAGACGCUUUUAUCACAUCUCCCACACCACCCACUGCCUCAAUUGGAGGAACGGACUUUAUAAAUCAGCAAUCACAUGCAAUAGCUCAGGCCCUUGCCGAGCCAGAAGAAGCUUGUUCUGAGCUACUCGAAGAGAAACAAGACACUGAACAUCCCGAGCUAUUUGAUUUGGAACGCGCCGAACGUUCGUCAUCCGUCGCCGCUGAGCACGAUUCCGAUUUGGGCAACGACGAAGAUUUAGACGACGAAAUGGACUCACAACUUAAUCCAGACGCAAAGGAAUUUGUUCCGGUGUCACCACAACGCACAUCGGUCAGUUCACCAUUCGGCAAUGGAAUACACAAUCGUCUUGAUUUGAUGGAUGAUGAUGUUGUGUCACAGAGUCCACGCAAAGGAUCGGCUAUUGUGAUGGAUGACAAGGAUAUUGUGUUGCCGGCCGAAAAUGAUUUCACCGAAAUCUCACAACGUCCAUCCGAAUUGGCAGCUAACGAACUCAAUUUUGAUAAUAUCGAAAAUGGCAACAGCAUCGAGCCAAAGGACAUCGCUCAACGGCCCGAAUCGUCCAGUUCACAGUGCUCAUAUCAGGAAAUGAAUUUGAAAGAGGCAAUGCAUGGUGAUGAAAAACAGGAAUUGGCCGCCGAAGUUCCAGAACCGGAAUGUUUGUUUGCUGGCAACGCCGGUGACGGUAUCGUUCCAACCACAAAUGGUGGACAACAAUUUUUAACCGAAUCAGAUCCAAUGAAUAUUUCAUUCUACAAUGAUGAAAACAAUCCAUUCAGUUCCAAUUCACAAGAGGUUGAUAUGAAUGCCGUGCAACCGUUGCCCGAUUGCUUAGAUGAUGAUGCCCCCGAAAAUGAAUUGGUCGAUUAUGUAUCGCAACCGAUUGCAUUGAAUAAUAAAAAUUAUGCCGACGAUACGGAUGAAUUGUUCAAGGAACUCACAUCGGAAAGUGAGAAAUUGAAUGUACACCAUAAAGAAUUCGUUGAACAAGAACCAGAACCGCAACCAGAACAUGAACAACACAUUGAACAACCGACACCAAUCACAAACUAUGUUCAGGAAUUAGCCACCGAAGUAACAUCAAUCUUGAACGACGUGGUAGAGCAAAGCAGUGCCGCAUUCUCUGACAUUCAACAGACUAUGGAAUUCGAAACGAUCAGCCAAACUGAAAUCAAUGAAGCUACUCCAGAUGUGAUAAACCAGUCUGAUUUGUCCGUUGAAGCCAAUGAAUUUGUACCAAGUGCUCCUGCUACGGAUAUUGAUUUUGAGCCGGUUCAAUCGUCUGGCAUUAUUGAACCAGAGCCAUACAUUCAAACCGAAACACAUGAACAAUUCAUUCAGCAGGAACAGCCGCUCAUUGUGACCGAAGAAUCGCUCAACGAAGCCGAACCUAGCUUAUUGAAAUUGAACGAAUUAUCGCUGAAUGAAAACGUUCCGACAACCGAACAAAAAUCAGAAAUCGAGGCUUUAAUCGCACAACAGCCAACUGAACCGGAACCACAACCCGAACAAGUGGUCGAAAGUAGUGUCAGCGAACCAAUGGUAGCCGCUGCUGCUGUGGUUGCAGCAACGGCCGCUGUUGCUGCUGCUGCUGUUGGCGUUGCCAAGGCCGCUGCUUUACCAAAAGCCAAACCAACCGAGACGAAAAAACCCGAAGUUAAAGGUAAAGUGGCACCGAUAAAGAAACCGACUGCAACAACAACGACAUCGAGAUUGGCGGCCAAACCAAGUACCACCACUAGCGCAACAAAAACAACGACUGCACCAAGAGUUGCAUCGCGCACUAUCGCUGCACCAAAGGUCGGUGGCGUUGCUGAAAAGAAAACCACCACCACAUCGACUAUUACACGUAAACCAAUUAGCAAUGGAACCGGCGUUACAUCAACUGUCACUAAAAAGACAACUACAACCACUAGCACAGUCACAAAGUCAGCCGUUGGUGCUACACGUCCGUUGACCACCGCAUCGAGACCAGCCACUGCUCGCACAGCUAGCGCAGCUACAACCGCUACAAAAACAACUGUUCCGAAGCCAAGCACAACUGCUGCUCCUCGAGUUCCAUUGAGUGCUAGAACUGUGACUAAACCGGCAACAAGCACAACAUCGCGAGUCAGUGCUACAAAGACGACCACUUCAAUUGUAUCGUCGGCUGCAUCGCGUGUCAAGUCGGCACCAGUUUCAUCGACUGUACGUUCAACGACAUUGACCAAACCAAAAACUUCAUUAACUUCGGAUAAACCAAACGUUACAAAAUCGACCCCAACGAAGACAUCCACUUUAUCGGCAGCAAGAAGUCCGGCUGCAAAGACGUCAUUGAGUGCAUCAUCGACGACCACGAAAUCAACAACACCAAUCCGAAAGCCGCUUUCAAGCGUAUCAAAGACGACACCAAUCAAAUCGCCGCGAGUGCCUACAACAAAUGGUGUUGCGAGCAAAACGAAGGUAGCAGCAAAGAGUGGCAUCACCACUGCCACCGCUGCUGUCACCGUUAACAAGGACAAAGUGACGACAAAUGGAAACUCCAAAUUGAACGGUCACAUCGAGCAAAAUGGCACGGGUGCCGAAAAGAUUAUCGAUGUAUCAGCUGAUUAGAGAUCAGUAUCAGAGCGUGAGCCAAGGGAAUUUAAAAAGAGAGAGAAAAUGAAAAAAAUCAAUCGAAUUCAAGAUGGAAUUUAAAAAAUAAAAUAAUAAUGAGAGAGUGAAAACAAAACAAAACAAAAAAAUGUUGAGAAAAAAGAGACACAGUGAACUCAAAACUAAAGAAAAACAAUUUAUGGUGAUGCACUUUAUAAAAGAAUGAGGACGAUCGUUUGAUGAAAUGUCCCGGCAUAUUUAAUUCUUCUUUUUAUUUGCUCCAUUGAUAUAUUUAUGCAAGCGGUAUGAUUUCCUUAAAUGUUAAAACAAACAACAACAACCAGAAAUUUAAUCAUUCAGUUUAUCUUUGUCGUUUUUUUUUUGGUUCAAUUCUUUGGAUUUUUUAAAUAAGUUUUUCUUUUUAAAUCGAUCUAUGUUAAAUUCUGCUUUUGCUUUCACACACAUACACAAUUUAGAUAAUCCAAAACACUAUUCUUCCGUAGUUGAUAUAUGUAUGUAUGUUUUCAUGAAAACUGAUUUUGAGAGAGAGAAAAAAAAAUGCAACUCACACAUACACACAUACACACACACAAAACGUCAACAGAAAUAAUCUAACCGUAAUCUAAUUUAAUAAAUAAUCUUUUUUAUGAUAAAAUUAACUAAACGAAAGAUAAAAAAAAUAUGCAAAAAAAAAAUUUAAAUGUAAUCAGAUGUCUAUGAUAUGGAAAGCGAAUUUUAGCGAAAAAAAUUGCAACGUUUGCGGUCUUCUGUAGCUCGGUGUUUAUUGUGAGGGGGCUCGGUUGUUUUGAUCGCAUUGAAUAAUGAAUUUGACAUUGAGAUCAAACGUGAUCACUAUUCGUGUUCAUGCAAACAACCAAUUUGAUGUGAAAUGAAUGAAGUCGACCAGAACAGGGAAAGAAUGGAUGCGAUAUCGAAAAGGGCGAUGCAAGAAAGUGAAAAAAAAAGAAUUAGCAAAUAAUUUACAUAAAAA